AUGGACCCAGAUGUCAUCGCAGCAAAAGAGAAAUAUGUUGAACGAAAGGCGCGACCCAGCAAGAAUCCCGAACUCCUCCAGCAAAUCCUUGGUAAGAAUCCUUAUGCUCGAGCUCUGGCCACGCCGCUCCGCAGAUGUGCAUUGACAUACAAUGCCUUGCCUUCGUUCUUCCUCCAAGAUUUCAACUUGAUGGAGCAUCCGGAGACGGGGAGCCCGUGGUAUGUUCCGAAGAGCUUGGCGAAAUAUAAGGGACCAACAGUUUCAGAGAAAGAGAUAGAUGCCGACUUGGAACCGAAGGAGGAAAAAGUACACACAAGUCAAACCCAACAGAUUAGUGCAGAGUCCACUGCUGUUCUAGGUUACUCUGGGAUAUGGAAGAAAACAGACCAAAAGGAUGAAAGGCCUCGCGAGAAGGCGGGUACCGCACGCUGGAGAAGCGACAUGCAUGAGUUCGUGCUGAAUCUCAUGCGGCGAAGAAUAUUGGAAGACUUUGUGCGCGUGACAAACUCAAAGAGGGGUUAUGUCGUAGGGUGUUCAGGGUGGGAGGACGCGCUGGCCAAACCACAGGUUGGAGCAUUCCUUUGGACUGGUGGGGACGGGGAGUUGGAUGAAGGCCGAGAGAUUCCUCCCGAAUUUGCAACUUUGGACGUUCCUACCGGUAGAAAAGAGGAGAGCAAAACCAGAAAGGUACCGGUGCAUAAUUUACGAAGAUUGCUCGGGAAGGAUAAGCUUGCUGAGUUACGGGAGAAACUUCCUAGUAGCAUCUUUGAGAGAGAGGUCGUGGUGCUUAGGCAGAAACAGUAUGUUGUAGAUUUGGAGAUGCAACUUUGGAAGCUGCAGGGUUACUUGGCUGAGUAUCGUGAAUUAUACAGGGAUUUUGAAGAACCACAGAUGCAGGGCCUUGAUGGCGAGAGCGAAGAGGAUGACGACGAGGAAGAUGACGCCGAGGACGAGGAAGACGAGGGAUUUACGAGAGAACAAGAGGACCAGAGUGGACGAUGAUCAAAAUCAAACGAGUCUCAGCUUCAUUGUUUGCAGUCACAACAUCCUGCGUCUCUACAAGCUUCAACCUACUUCCUUUUUUGCAAUAUCCCAAGCGGCGUCGGAGGCGCUUUCAAUCAGUUGCAUUUCAAAAAUCAUCGUUUGCAGUUUCAAUAUCAAUUCAUUGGCUUCUUCAAAGUCGUUCUAUUGUGGAGGACAAGCUUUCUCCUACGUAUAGUACGGGCCCUCUUCCCAGAAUUUGCAUUGCGGCACCGCCCCACAGAGUCUCUCAUUCGGGUCCCAAGACCCGUGAGAUCGAUAGUCCUCAAUGUAGCAUUCUGUCCAUACGUCAGAAAGUCCUGGCACCCUUCUGCAGUGGGUUUCCCUGUCAUAGCAAAGUUGGUUAAGUAUCACUGGAGUACCUUAGCC